CAGGGGCUGUUUGUAAUCGCUGGAAUAAUGAAACUGGACACUAACAACUGGGCUUUAAAGAUCAAAAUUAAUACUUGAUAUGCUACUUACAAAAUAUGUUUCCCCCCGAAAAUAUAAAACAAACAAGCCAAUAAUAAUAAUAAUAAUAAUAAUAAUAAUAAUAAUAAUAAUAAAUGAACAAUAGACAAGUAGAGUAGUGCAACUGCAUACACAUUAGUGCAGCCUUUGUUUACAAAUGCGUUAUAUCAUUCCAGUGAAGCUGUAACAAUAUAAAGGCUUUUAUGUCUGUGAUGGUUUGUGCAUACGUCAGCAUCCCUCAACAUCUCUUCCUGGGACCGUCCGCCAUCCCUUUAAUGACUGGGACCCUGGAAAUACACCGAUCGCCGUUAUCUCGCAAUUAUGGCCGAUGUUCCAGCGAUCAUAAACAUUGCCAUUUCGCUGAAGAUCCAACCCAACGAUGGGCCUGUGUUUUACAAAGUGGACGGGACGAGGUUCGGCCAGAGCAGGACAAUCAAAAUGCUAACGGGAUCGAAAUACAAAAUCGAGGUGAUCGUGAAACCGGGUAACGCGGAGGCCACCACGAUGGGUAUCGGUGGAAAAACCUUCCCUUUGGAGCAGCAGUCCAAAGACGACGAGCAGAUCGUUUACAAUGGCACAUACGAUACUGAAGGUGUGCCACACACCAAGAGCGGGGACAGACAACCUGUGCAAGUCUCCAUAGAGUUCAAAGAUGCCGGGAUGUUUGAGACAGUAUGGCAGGUGAAAUACUACAACUACUACAAGAGAGAACACUGCCAAUUCGGCAACAGCUUCAACUGCAUCGAGUACGAGGCCAAACCCAACGAGACCCGCAGCCUUAUGUGGAUAAACAAAGAGGUUUUCCUGUAAAACACGACUACAGCAGCACAGCAACAACAGCAGCAGCAAACCUGCACAAUGUCCUGUAACCAUCACGGGGCCGCUGUGUGUCCGAUAGAUGACUCAGAGGUCCUCUGUGAAAUAAGCUGUGAAUAUUAAAGGCUCCAGACAAGUGAUCCAUCAGGGUAUUUGCUCCCCAGUCAACCAGUUAUACCACUGCAUGAUCUGAAUGUUCAUGUUUUUAAUGGUCGGUCAAUCAUGAACAGAAUCUCUCCUCAUUUGUGUCCCUUACCAUUUAUCAUGGGAAAAGAUGGAUAUGUACAGAAUUUGGCAUUUAAUUUGUUUGUUUGAGCAUCCCGACCAGCCUCACGUAGCAACGUAGGCUCAACCAAUGACAUGAGGUUGGGGCGGGACUAUCUUGAUUUUUCAAAAGUACGCUAAAACACACUUUUAAGAAGCGAUUUGUGGGGGACCUGGGUAGCUCAGCAAGUAAAGACGCUGACUACAACACCUGGAGUCACAAGUAUGAAUCCAGGGCAUGCUGAGUGACUCCAUUUAAGCUUCCUAAGCAACCAAUUGGCCUGUUGCUAGGGUGGGUAGAGUCACAUUGGGUUAACCUCCUUGUGGUCGCUAUAGUGUGGUUCUCGCAUGGUGAGUUGUGCGUGGAUGCUGCGGAGAAUAGCGUGAAGACUUCACACGCACUAGGUCUCCGUGGUAACGCGCUCAACUAGCCACGUGAUAAGAUGCGAAGAUUGAUGCUCUCAGACGCGGAGGCAACUGAGAUGUGUCCUCCGCCACCCGGAUUGAGGCGAGUCACUUACGCCACCACGAGGACUUAAGAGUGCAUUGGGAAUUUGGCAUGCCAAAAACUGGGGAGAAAGGGGGAGAAAAUCCCCUCCCAAAAAAAGCGAUUUGUAAUGAGGAUUCAAAUUCUCAGCUCUGUCUUGGUCAUUUGCACAACACAUACCUGCUCUGUUAUGGUUACAAAUGCAAUGAAACCUUCCUUCAACUUGACUCCGAUGAGAAGGCCUCACUGCAGGUGUGUAUUUAACCCAGUAAUUUGCUGUCUUAGAAAUGGGCAGUGCUCCACAAUGCUUGCUCAAAAAGGUGCUGUAUGAACGUAUACCGAAUAUAUAUGACACUCUAUAUUAGUACGUAUAAUGUAGUAAAUGUAAAGACCACCCAGUUAAAAUUUGGGUCUUUUGAGACCAGCAUUGAAAAAACAAUGAUUUAUUUGUGACAGGCGUGUAUAUUUCUCUUUGGUGUGACUGUGAGUGGAUGUUCAAUCACUUCUCUUUUGUGUUACUGUUCUGUACUGCUAUUUAUGUUGCCUACCUCUUUACAGCUACAGUCUAUAUUGACAGGAAGUAAUAGUUCACAGGAAAGAGAUACAAGUGCUACAACUUAGUGCUUAUUUUUAUGGCUUUCUACUUAAUUUUUUCUCAGUUCUCAUGAUUGUUUGUUUGCUUGUGUGGUGCCUGUGUAUGUUGCUGAUAUAUCUGUUUUGAUUUUUGUGUGACUUUGAGCUAAACUUUUGACGUUUUGUAAGAAUAUAAACAAUCUUGUUGCUUGAAUUCUGUUCUGAUUGAAUGAAUGCAUUAUAAGACAAUACCAGCCAAGAAAAGACCAAAAGAAUAAGGAAAGAAUUGAUAAAAUUUAGUAACAUUCUUGUAUCAAAGUUGUUCAUGUUAUGCAGUUCCUUUUGAACUCUGUAACUAUUAAAACUGAGGGUGCUUGUGUGAUAAUUUCAUAAAGUAUUUCUAUAAAACGGUAUACCAGAAUUUUUAAGAAAUAUGCUCAGGUCAGGCUCAUUGUAUUAUUAAUUAUAACUUGAUUGUUUACAAAAUGAUAAUGAAUGUUUACACACCUGGACGAAGAUAUCAUUUAAGAAACUGACUUUUGUUAGUUAAAGGGAUAUUCCAAAAGGCUAAAAGGAAAAGGUGCAGUAAGCGAUUUCAGCAGUUCUGGAACUUCCGCGACUGAGCUGUUAAAGGAAUAUUCUGGAUUCAAUACACUUCCAUUGUAAGUGCCUCACUGGAACCCAGAUUUGUGCUUUUUUUAAAGAAAAGGAGGGGCAAGUCAAAAAUAAUUUUUGUGGUAAUCAGUGUAUUGCCACAAAUGCUGUCUAUUGAGCUUAACUUGUAUUGAACCCAGAAUAUUCCUUUAAAAGAUUAGUUCACCCAAAAAUGAAAAUCCAGUCAUUGUUUACUCACCCCUGUGUUGUUAU